AGGAAGUGUUGGUUGAAAAGUGAAAAUUCCCCAGGAAAAGUCCACUGGAUGAGAGUUUUCGCACGAGGCUUCUCCACCCGAGCCCACCCUAACGCCGCGUGAAGUGAAAUGUGCGUGUGAUAGCGCGGAGGUGAAGUGCAAAAGCGUGAUUUGCGACGCGACCAGGCAGCGCUCCCACGAAGCUGCCCCAGAGUGCGAGAAAGGGGGCGAAUUUGGGGCGGAUGCAGAUACCACACUGCUCCGUCGGUUGCGUCACAUCCUGCCAGCUGCCGCGAGCGCGUGGGGCCCACGGGAGGAGCCACGCGGAGACAUCAGUGGCGUGUGCCCUUGAAAAUUGUCACCAGAGGAAACCUCACAGUCCGGAGACAUGAAGAAAAUCUUCUCCAAAUUCGAGAAGAAUGAGAAACUGGAGAGUGUCACCAACAGGGAGUCCAGCAACUACAUCGGCAAGGCCUUCACCGUGGGGCGCUCCACGGUCACCGUGGAAGACAUCCUGGCGGAGGGUGGCUUCGCGAUGGUCUUCUUGGUGAAGUCCAACAAUGGGUCUGCGCGAUACGCAUUGAAGCGAAUGUAUGUCAACAAUGACUAUGACCUCAAUGUGGCGAAACGAGAAAUCCAAAUAGCUAGCAACUUGAAUGGCCACAAGAAUAUCAUUGGGUACAUCGAUUCGAGUAUCAGCCACACUGGCAAUGGUGUGUACGAGGUUCUGUUGCUCAUGCCCUUCUGCAAGAACCACAUGCUGGCGAUGAUGAACGCCCGCCUCCAGAGUGGCUUCACCGAGCCCGAGGUGCUGCAGAUAUUCUGUGAUAUUUGUGAGGCGGUGUCGCGACUGCAUCACUGCCAGACGCCAAUCAUUCACAGAGAUAUCAAGGUGGAGAACAUUCUGCUCAGCGACAGUGGGAGCUACGUGCUGUGCGACUUCGGCUCGGCCACGGCCAAGAUCCUCAAUCCCAAUGUGCAGGGCGUGACGGCGGUGGAGGAGGAGAUCAAGAAGUACACCACGCUGUCGUAUCGCGCGCCCGAGAUGGUGGAUCUCUAUACAGGGAGGAACAUAACGACCAAAGCGGACAUCUGGGCGCUGGGCUGUUGUCUCUACAAGAUGUGCUUCUUCACGCUGCCCUUUGGCGAGAGCACGCUCGCCAUCCAGAGUGGGAACUUUGUCAUUCCGGACAACUCGAAGUAUUCGCGCGGGCUGCACAGGCUCAUCCGGUACAUGCUGGAGCCGGAUAUGGAGAAGCGUCCCAAUAUCUACCAAGUCAGUCAGAUUGCAUUUGGUCUGGCCGGCAGGGAAAAUCCGGUGCAGAAUCUUCAUAAACUGCCAGCGCCGUCUUUGGACAGUCUCCCGGAGCCGCAAUUUGAGGCGGAUCAGAAGAGAAGUGCAGCCGUCCAGGGAGCCCCGAAGACACCAAAGUCAACCUCUGUGCUGGUGCCGGAGAGUGGAACGAGUGUGGCGCCGCGACAACGGCCUAAAGCCAGUGCCUCUCAUGCUGCUGCACCUGGACAACUUCCCAUCGCCUUGCCACCGAGUCCUUCACCCCGGAACACCUUGUCGUCGCCUGUGCCCACCACUGAGGCCCCCAAUGAGGCCUUCACGGCUCAAUUCAGCGCGGCUUUUCCGCAGAACGACGAGGUGGCCGUGCCGAGGAGCAACACGGGCGGCAAGGGCGCCAAGGCUGAGCACCUAGAUAGCCUGUUCCAAACCAAUUAUCCGGACCCGUUCAGGGAAUCGGGCGGAGAGAGCGCCGGGCCGCCGCCCACGGCAGGCGCCAGCUGCGAGAGUCUCCCCACGACGUCGCAGGACGUGAUGGGACCCCUGGUCGGCACCCCAACGAAACCACCACAGAUGCUAGUCACUCCCAAAGUUGGUCAUCGUCGCAACAUGAGUGACACGUCAGCCUUCAACAAGGUUUAUGCCAGUGAAACAUCUCAGUUUCUCGCUCCAUUCGAUACAUCGGGCAAGAAUCGUCAGGACUCAACGUCCCCAAUAGCGACAGUUGGUGUGAACUUUUCUUCUGAGCAAAAUAUGCAUUUCACUGCAAAUGUCGCGACGACAACGACUAAACAGCAUCCAACUGAUUUGAACCUCUCAUCGCCAAUCACGGAGAAGGUGAAGCAAGUGGGGAGUGAGAAGAUUGUGAAGAAUAUGGCCGCGUGGAAUCCCUUUGAGGACUCCUUCAGUCAAAUGAGCGAAGAUCACAUCUUCGGGGCGGAGUUUGAUAAGAUUCGUCAUCAGGGCAGCCAGAGUAGUCUCAACAAUCAGGUGAAGACGCCUCCCGGGCAGAACAACCCAGUGACGGUGGCUUCAAGUGGCUCGGGCGCGAUCAGCAGGGUGGAGAGCGAGGAGAAGGGCGGCAUGGAUGAUGAUCCCUUCGGAUCGGCGCCGUUUAGCUUGCCCGUGGCGCUGAGGGAGAAGGCGAAGGCAGUGGCGGCCAGCACGAAGAAAUCUGGAGCCCGAGCCAAGCGAUGGACGCUCCAGUCGGAUGUGCAGGCGUCCCCGAGUGAGAUCAGGGCGUCGCUGCUGGACACGGAAGAGGAGGCGAGCCUCCGGAGGGACGAGAAUGGCGAUGAGGAGAGCGACAAUGGGGAGACGGACAAGUCCUUCAAUCGCACACCACUGCAGGACAGAACUAAGUAUGAAAAGCUCAAGUCCAACUAUGUCACGUCCGACGACAGCGACACGGAAUUCGCCGGCGGCGAGUCGGUGAAGAGGAUCAGCUUCAAGCAGAUUGUGGCGGGGAAUAUCCAGGAGAAGCUAGUGAAUGUGUACCAAAAGGUCGACAAAAGUCACUUGGGGAAGGUGCCGAUUGUGCGGAAGCUCAAGGGGGCAAAGAAGGUGAAAGGGAAGGAGGCUGGGGCGAAGGAAACGGAUGUGGGAAGGACUGGUGAUGGGGAGGAUGACGACAAGGACUCCAUUGGGUCGGCAAGCGAUCUGAGAGAUGAUAUGAUUGAUGAGUUUGAGACGAAAAUCGCUCCAGAUGUGAGGAAUCGCAUUCGCGGUCUGGAUGACGCCAUUAGUGAGAGUAUCAAGACGUGUGGCUCGAGCGCUUAUCACGCUGAAUGCGAGAGUGUCACGACGCAUGAAGACGAUGUGAGCAGAGUUGUGUCGGCAAGGAGGAAAAUUGUGAAGAAACGCAGGGAACUUCAUCCCGAAGCUGAUCAGUUGUCUCCUCCGGAGGAGGAGGACGAUAAUAUCCAUAAGUACGGUGACAAGCCACUCCUUCUGGAUGAUGAACUGGACUAUGACUCCGAGAAUGUGGAUGAAGCGUCUCCUGAAGUGGCAGAAGCUGAGAAAACAGCCGAUGAAGAGGACGUCUUCGCCAUGGCGCCCUUCAAAUUGCCACUGAAGAGCAAACUUCCCACGAAAAGGAACCUCUUUCCCAAGUACACUCCGUCUGAAACCAUCCCGGAAGAUGAUUUUCUGCGACUAAAUGCGCCCAUGAAGACAAAAAUGAUUACAUCCACACCGCUCAAGGCUCUGGAUCAGUUCAAUGAGGUGUCUUUCAAUCCUGGCACUGCUGCCAUCCAGAGUGUCUCCAAUUAUGGUGUCGUGACGGUGCUGAACAGUGCUCCACCUGUCCAGGAAGCUCCGCAAGUGCCGAAAAAGGACUUGUUCGGGUCGGAACCCUUUCCGGAAUCCCUGAAAUCGGUGGUGCACAUCGAGGCGAACAAUAACCAACCCAGUUCUCUGGUCACGGUUAAUAAUGUUGUCGUCACGAGAGCUGAUCCUGUUCAGCGCUUCCCAUCCCGUCCUGUGGACUCCUUUCCGCCACCCAAGAUGAUGGACACGAUGCUGCCCAUUGCGGACAAUGAGUACGUCAAGUUCUCAAGCGACGACGGUCAGAAUCUGGAGGAAUGCGAACUGGAGACGGGGAUGGCGAAAAGUAAGAGUGAGAAGAAGAGCAGCAAAUUCCCGUAUCUGAAGGACAAAACUAAGGCCAAAUCCACGGAGAAGAUUAAGAAGAACAAGGAGACUUCCAAGAAGGCAUCUCUAGCCGAUGAGGGCUCUUCAGCCUUCAACUACCAGAGCCUGAAGCGUGGUGUGAAGAGUGGCUUCAGUAACAUGAGUUUUGAGGACUUUCCAUCCGACCAGGAGAUAGAGGGCGCGGCCAAGUGCACCCCAUUUGAGGUGGUGCGGAAUGAGAAGAUGAUCCUGGAAGCGGAGAAGAAAUUCGGCUCACUUAAGAGGCGACCUCAUCCAUUUUCUUGAAAAAGAG